CGCAAGCAAGAGUCACGAGAAAAGAUUAUGGCUCAAGAAACUAAUCAUAGCCAAGUACCUAUGCUAUGUUCCACUGGAUGCGGAUUUUAUGGAAACCCUCGUACAAAUGGCAUGUGUUCAGUAUGCUACAAAGAACAUCUUCAACGGCAAAACGGUAGUAAUGGUAGAAUUAGCCCUUCAGCAACUUCAGUUAAUAGCCUAACUGAAUCUUUACCAGUUCAAUGCACUGACGGCAGCAUUCAGGACGUCCCUUCAACUCUAGAUUCUACACUUGUACCAGCUACACAACUAAGUCCCGUAUCCAGCCCCUCGUCCCUUUUAGCAGAAUCUGUGGCAACAUGUGAAGUGGAAAGCACAGACAUCAUGGAUAAACCCGGGCUCCAAGGAGAAGAUGUACAAGAACCAACGUCAGUGGAUCUUGCUGAGACAAUUUCAAUAGACAGUACCGGAGACGAAUUUUCGAUGGAUAACUCAGAUUUACCUGACACUACCAGGGGCUCAGAGACAGAAUGCGAUUAUGACGUGAACCUAGACAAUAAUGUAGAUGGCCCUGAUUUCCUGGAGGAGAACUCGAGAGCCAAAACGAGAAGCUGUGAUUCAGAUUUAACACUAACCACAGUAGCUUCAGCUUCAGAUGGUGCAGAACCUUCCUCCGAAGAACAAGGCAAAUCGUUUGACAAACCCAAACAGAAAAAAACUCGAUGUUUUAUGUGCAGAAAGAAGGUUGGUCUUACUGGGUUUGAGUGCAGAUGUGGAAACGUUUACUGUGCUGUACACCGUUACUCAGAUGUCCACAGUUGCUCUUACAAUUACAAAGCUGACGCAGCUGAGAAGAUCAGAAAAGAGAAUCCUGUAGUUGUCGGGGAAAAGAUUCAGAAGAUUUGAACUGCUCCUGUAGCUGGAAUAUUAAAAUGUUUGACCCACCUGCAGAUGAAAAUUGACUUGAGCUUUUUCCUUCCCCUUUCACAAACCCACACACACAUAAGCCUUUCAUAUUUUUUUUUCCGGGCCCUCGUAGACUUCAAGAACACAGAGGACAAGUGUCCAAAAGCAUGCAUAGAAUUUUUUUUCCCCCUCCUUCUUUUAGCACACGACAAACCACUUCCUUUCUUUUCAGGGUGCUUUGUUUUUAGUUCCUACAGAUGAAGAAAAUAAACUCUACACAACUGAGUCCACUAGGAAGGUGGGCCUGUGGGAACUGAGGAACGGAUACCAUGGCUAUAAAAGUAUUAUCAUCUUUUUUUAAAACAAACAAACAAACAAACAACAAAACAUCGAGUACAGAGGGCUUUCUCCAAGUUACGUUGGAAGGCAUCCGUGCUUUUCCCGCUUGUCAUACUAAAAACGUGCAUGCAUUAACCCAAGACACUUCUGUUCAUUUUGUAUAUAGCGUUUCUUUUUUUUCUCUCUGCAGCACAAUUUCCCCCAUCUUUUUCCUCUUCGAUAAUGCCUUGUAUGGCACAACUAGCAAUCAAUAACUGAAUGUAUUUAAUCAUUAAGGCUGCUUGGUUUCCCCUCCCCCUUAACAAAAAUUUAUACACAUGUUUAUCAUAAUAGCUUGUAUGCACCCACUAUCUAUUUAUGUAUGCAUCUGUUCGAGCGUGUCAGAGAGUGCUGAGAUUUUAAAGCGUGCGUGAUUUUUUUUUUUUCUCUUCAAGGUUAUUUUCUAGGGUUUUUUUUCCCUUUCUCCUCCCCCCCCCUUUUAUUUUAUUUUAUUUUAUUUUCGUUUUCUCCAGCGUGCAUGUUGAGAGUUUGCUUGCUCGCAAAGUUCCUGGGGAGUUGUGCUCAUGGGGUCUUUUACGCGCACCAGUGCAAAGAAUGAAGAACUUUUAAGUGUAUUGUAUUUAUGUUCACCCACGUCUUUAACUUUGAUUAAAA